GAGAGUCUUCAUUAUUGGCAACGUCUGCCUAAUUUAUAUAUCUACGUAACAUGAUUGAAUUUCCCUUCGUUUCAAUGUAGGGAAAUGCAUCUCGGACUCAAUGGCGAAAUGGAAGGAGCUUGGAGAGGUGCCAGAUUCGGACGACGAAAGUGGUUUCGAUAGCAGUCAAGAACUUGAACAUGAAUCUGAACAUGACCUCCCACUUCAGCAAAGUGGUGUUAAUAUUUCAGAUGAACCUGUCGUGGAGGGUCCAGCACUUGAGGAUCAGAAUGUUUGGGAUAUACCCUUAUCAUCUCAAGUCUCUAAAAAUGAGCAUAACGUAACCCGCAGUUCACCUCGACCACAAUCACCACAAUUACCACAAGCGCCCUCCGAGCUAGCAACGAUUCAUUAUCCCGAUUCAUCCCCUCUUUCAUCGCUGCCACCCCUUGAGCCUAGAGGUGACCCCGAGGACUCAACCAAAACCGCCGAGACUAGCAAAGUCGAGUUAAAUGGGCCUCGAGUAUCGGACGUAAUUUCUCCUAGUUUGCCUAAACAAUUCGUCAAUGCAAUCUUCGAGGUAGAUGUCCCGGAGGAGGGCGAAGAGGAUUCGAUACAGGAAGCAGUUCGGUCCGGACGAUCCUUGAGACCGCGGAAGCCAAUCCAAGAGCAUCCUUACUUGCUAGAGAGUGCACAAUAUAGCAAGACUCUCAAAUCACAUGGCGUGCGACCCUUGCGUAUGCAAAUCGAGGAGGCGGCGAGAAGAAGAAGGGAAGAGGAGGAUUCCCAAGAACAAGAUUAUGAGGACGAAAGCCAAUCUACUGUCAGAGAGCUGGCUCAGGAGGAUUCGGGGGACAGUCAAACAGUACAACAUCCUGAUUUACUCGGUAUAUCUGAUCUACCUGAUCUACCUGAGGAUGCCGAUAUGGAAGGGUUGUCAAUCAGAAGUCCAUCUCCACUCCCUGGACGCAGAGGUGCUGAGCCCAACAUUUUUCUAGGGAGUUCGCAGGAUGACGAACUUCCGGAUCCGGCUGACACGGCCAAAUGGAAGCUAGGAAAGAGACCAACCAUGGUCGCUAAGAGACAGGCUUCACCUAAGGCCUCUGGGAAACGAAAGCUGCCGAAGCUGCACCAGCCUGUCAGGUUCGCGGGAGUCGUUUCGCCACGAGGGCAGGCUGAUAGUGUAUUUAAUGUUCCACCAUCACCGCCGCAAACGAGCCCAAGUUUCAUGACCCGCACGUCGGUCACUAAUACAGAACGCUCUCGACCUGUCACAACACUUACACCGAACCAAAGCAGUACGAUAUCAUCAAGGAACCAAAGCCCUGCACUAGUAAACGAGAGCAAUGGUUUGAUUGACCUCAUCAUGAUAGAAGACGGCGACGAGCUUGAUAGCGGGCAAGAUGCGGAAUCUAGCGAUUCCGAGAGCGACACUGAAGUGGCACGAGUCGCAAUGAGGAGAAAGAUGCGUGGCGUAUUACCUGCUUCUUGGCUCCGACUUGAUCAGCCAGGUACGCGCCGGAAAAGCCCCCAGGACAUUCCGCAACGGAGCCCCGAACACUCACCGGAACGGACUCAGAGAAAAGGUGUAGCUCAACGCCGACAGGUCUCGCCUCGACCUGGUGCUGAUGCGGCGCUGUUUCUUGAUUCGGAUGAUGAUGACGAUGUAACUUUACGAGCUGAAGAUCUUCACGAGUUUAAUAAUAACAAUAAUAAUAUCCCUAUCUUUGAAGAUGAUGCUGGCUCUGUUAUCGAAGAUGACUCGAUCGACUAUAUGCUCUCUGGGAAUAAAAGGGCCCGCACGGAUACCGAUGGAUUAGAACGACCUAAAAAACGGAGAAAAAAUCAGCAAACAACAUUUAAAGGGUAUCUAGGCCAGCAAAAGCGGCAACAGAGGAUCACUGGGCUGCUGAGUAGGACAAAAAGUACGACGACUCGACCGAAUGCCAAGAGACGUGAUACGGAGAAUAAUUCAGGUGGAAGACGUCACACAAAAGGACUUAGUAGAGCAGUAGCUAGUUCUACGCCGCCGCCCCAGCUCAGUAUCCUGGAUGUUGUCGAACCGAAUGCGCCCCCUUUUAUUCGCAUAGCUGCUCGAACAGCGAACAGAAGGUCCGACAAGGGUAGAUCAAGCCCGUCGAAGAAACAUAUUGCACUGGGGACGCGCGAGGAUAAUAUUGAUGCUACCAGCAUCCUGAGGGACUGGAAAAGGGGUCGUAUCAAGCCAAAGAUUACAACCAGCGCUUCGACUAGGUCUCAAAUCGAGUUACCGAAACCCCUUCGCUCUCUUUCUUAUAAUUCUGUUACCCAACCCCCAAAGGUCAUAUCCAAACCACGAAAUCGUGUUGUGCCCUCAGGCCGCUUUUCGCAACCGCGGCGAAUGGUUAAACAGGCGAGCAUUGACAAUUUUAUGACCGUCGAAACGGGAACAUCGUCUACACAUACUCAAUUGGACCAUGGAACCUCUUUACCGAAGCGUUCUCAACUUGGCCGAACCAACUCCCUCAACGCGGCUUCGAGGCCUGCGCAACUUGAAGCAGUUGGAGAACAGAUUGGGCGGCACGCUUUUGAUGCACGGAAGAGAGCUCUCGACGCACUAUAUAGAAAGUCACGUAGGGAACUGCCCACGCCAGCGCGUAUUGGGCUCGAACGACUUAUAGGUCGCAAUUUAUCCUCUGAAAGCUCUAAUAAGCAUACUGGAAAUUCGUCGUCUGGUGAUGGUCCCGAAAGACUUCAACCCGCAACAGGACGAAAGCGUUUAAAGUUCCGGAAACAUUUUCAACCUCAACACGUAGAUACUACUGCACCCCAAUAUGCACAUGCUAAUGAUCCUCUGCCUCGCGAAGUGACUCUGACAAGUCCUAUUGCCGAAGUGGUACACGCCUCGGAAUCCGCUGGCAAAUUAUUAGGACUUGGCCCAUUCGGCACACAUUACACCCAGCACUUCGAGAUAUUCCCGCUCGAGCUUGGUGUUUUCUUCCAUGAGAGUACAGUUCUUGGGAGUGGCCGACUGGUCAAGGCGCUGGAUGAAAAGUCCCGUGAUAGCUUUCAUCACCCAAGGGGCCGUGCUAUAUUCGUUCUCGGCGAGAAGACACUACGGUGGGGUCAGUGGGAUGCUCAAACUUCAUCAGAAUUAGGCAUUGUUUUGGACUGGAUAGUGGAAUAUCUCCACUCGGAGUCUCCUGACAUUAGUUGGGGUAUAACUCCGGUACAAGCUGCAGACUUUGUACUGGAAUAUUUUCAGGACCACAUAAGCUUCUCAGACGAAGAGAGCGAGAAACAUUUUGCGGGUCGAGCUUUGGAAACACUGCAAACCUUUGUGCAACGCUUAGAGAUUCUGCCGCUCCAAUCUCAAGAUCAGGCUCGGCCACUAAUAGAUGUGAUGAGCCGUGGUCUGGUUAUUUCAUUUCAAACCUUGCGGAUAUGCCAUAGUCUCAGCCAACUCUCAGAGACAUUUCAGCUUGAAGAUGUACUGGGCAAGAUGGCCAAAAGGGCAGCUCGUGAAUUACUUGCGAGAGAGCUGGCAGAUAUACGGAACUUGUACCAUGAUUUACAACGCAUACCCUUGCGUGAAAGAGGUAUUCGGAACGAGCAAUAUUCGGUGACCUGCUGGGUCAUACUCAUCCGAGUGCUCGAAGAGUCUCGUAUUCCGAGGUCCGGGUUCUGGGAUAUUGUCUCUUCUGUCAUCUCAAGUACGGAUCUGAACUCCGUCAACGAUGCGCACACUUUUGAGCGUAUCUGGUACGAUCUGUUCACUUUACUCCCUCUUGGUGAAUUUGACAGUUCUGGGGUCGUUGUUCCGGGUACCAGGCAUACUAUCCCCUUAGAGGGUUGGGUCUUGCCGCAAAAACUACUCAGACGGGUCUUCCAGCUAUAUGAGAGUAAUUCCCGACAAGCGCCUAGUUUCAAUGAUUAUUGUCGAGGUGUGGUUGGUCGUUGCCACUAUCUUGUGGAACAAUGGGGAUGGCGAAAGUCCAAUGGCAUAAUAGGGACAAUCUUUGAUUUCUUUGCUGCUCGAGGUCUCUCUCAUCUGAGGAAUGAGGAAGUAUACAAAUCACCGGAAUUCCUAGAGCAUCUAGCAGCAUCUCCGUCGCUUGCUAUCGUACCGGAAGAUCGAUGCUUUCAUAUUUUUCUGAAGCUUCUUGCACUGUCUAUCAAGCGGCUUGAAAAUCACGGCUUAACGAAAGAUGCUAGGAACAUGCUGGCAAGAGUUCUACCAAAUCACAAUCGGCAAUAUGAGAAGGAGAAAGACAUACAUGAGAGUGAAUUGGCUGCACUAAGAAAUCAUCAUGAUCUUCUUUGCACACUUUACUGGGCCGCGCCGCCAAGUUUACGGCCUUCUGUACAGACGAUUGAAAAACUGAUACUACCUGGUAGUUCUCACAAAGAAGCAUGCUUGAUCGGCUUACGAGCCUGGGGCCAACUAUCACGAUUCGUGAUCUCUUCGGAAGAGGACACUUACGGAUACAAACCGUUUGCUGAUUGGCAGAAAAAUAUUUUUCAACAUGCAAUAGAACAAUACUUGUCAGCCGAAUCGGAUAUUCAACAGCAACUUCUGAAUAUGUCCAAAGACGUUUCGAGAAAUAUAAGUCGAGAUAUGGUCAACGCAGUUGUGAGGCUGAACAGGAAAGGCGCAAUGGAUGUAAUACACUUCUCGAUGAAGGGAUUCUUGAGUGUCAUUCGGCUCGCCCCGACGCUUGGUGCCGUUUCUUUUGCGUUGAAUCAUUAUCAACUAGAACAGGUUUUUACCCGUUUUCCAUUCACGUCAGCAGACUUCGACUGGAGUAGCUUGCGGGUUGCUCUGGAUAUCGUUGAAUACUACGUUACUCGAGUCGAAGAGUUCUUCAGCCAGGGUUUGGUCUCAGCUGAUCACUCAUGGCAUGGAGAAGAUGCUAUUAUGCUUGUUGAACGUAAAAUAGCCACCCCUUUCGUCUCAAUGAUUCGUACUAUUAUUGGUAUGGAGUUUAAAGACCUUGGGCUUGGUCCUACGAGUGAUCGCUCUAUAUGCAUGGAACAGGCUGUAUUACUUUCUGGGCGGCUAGCAGCUCGGCUAACUCAUGCCCGACUUUUGCGUGUUUCCCAAUUUUUUACGUCCGGAAAGUACAGUUUAUUCCAGACUACGCCGAAGGCUAUUGAUUCCCCCUCAAGAAAAUAUCACACUCUCUUCCUGGCCAUGCUAAUUGAGCAGGACGUGGAUGAUUUUAAGGAUCUGGGCGGCUCGAUUCUAGACCUCUUCCUAAAGGAACUCGUGAAACCUUGGAAAUUUCUGGCCUACGAGAACCGCCUUGCUCUUGCAAUCAAACGCCAUGGCGAUCCAUAUUUGAAGGAUGCGGUCAUAGAAGGUGGAAAUAGCCCCGACUACAAUUCAAAUAGGGCAUUAUUUAGCCAUACCGUUGCCAUGAUGCGUAAGACGUUACGGUUUGUAGAAACAAACCAAAAACAGCAACUGCUAUCGCAGUUCUCGAAGGCCCUGAAGAGUACGAUGGAUCAGAUGAAGCUUGAUCUAAAGUCGAUCACGUUGGACUCGUCCGAGCACAUGGAUUAUAUCGAGUUUGUUCGGUCAAUCGUCACAGUGAUUAGAUCACAGGACCUCUGCCCUGUGGACUCAUAUUUCUACCAGAUCAGCCGGGAAUAUUCCCCUUCCAGCCAAGACCCUCGCCUGCAAAUAGCAGGCAUACUAUCGUGGGGUCUCAAGCUAGAAGAAGGAGAUAACAAGGCAACGCCCGGGCUCUUCUAUCUCCUGUUCCCUAACUUUAAGCUAGCACUCGCCAAUGGUAAACUCGGAAAUGAAAGAGCCAUCCUUCAACAGGGGAUGGGUAAUAUCCACGUCUCUUCCUUCGUACUGAGCAAGAUGCUCCCGGCAAUCAUAAAGACUGCAUUUCAAGUCCCUACAGGGUGGAUAAUACUAGACACCUAUGUUAGUGCAUUCGAAGCUCUACUUACAGCACCCUGUAUCUACAGAGAAAUGGGCAGGGAGGACAUGAGUGGACUUCUAGUCGUCUUGAAGAUCGUCUUAGCCAGCAUUGGAGAGCUCCGGACCCUUGAUGCUACCGCAUUACACGAUGAGUAUAUUUACACACUUAUUCAAACCAUACAUCUUCUCAAUUUGCUCUCGCCGUCAUUAACGGCAUAUCUGAUCAAUGAGCCAACUUCCGAGGUAGCAAUCGAUAUCACAGAAGCAGUUGAGACAUUUACAAAAUUUACACGAGAAGCUGGAAAUUACGUUUCCAACCUUCUCAAUAACAGGAGUUGCGGAACAUAUUUAGACAUACAGAGUCCAGUAACUAUGGAUUCAAAUAGAUUUUUUCAAGGUCUCCAAAGACAAGGGGUCGGUUUCUCAAUAGAACCUGAUGAACACAUUACAAGGUUCGCAAAUCACAUGGUACGAGAUAUCAAGGAGAAUUGGGUGUCGAACGGUUCGACUAUUAGUGUUAGGGGGCCAUCCAGAGCGCAGGGGCAUACAUCGACGCAGUCUGGACAGGGGACUCUGGUACCUAGGUGGGACUCGAGGAUGCUGAUGCAAGCUCUUAAUAAAGAGCUUCGGGAGUGGAAUUAUGCUAAUGAUUUGGCGGCGGCGACUUCAAGACUCGCUGGAUUGCCACUUGAUGAAUUUCUAUUCUAACUAGUAUAAAUGAAUCUAGCGUGACGUUAAGGGGAUAAUAACCUCGGACGUUAUAGAAAUGAAAUUAUUUGGAUUGUUAUAA